AUGGAUAUUAUUGAUAGGCCACUCAGUGAAAUCAUCAAGGAGCAGAAGAUCGGUGAGAGUCUCCGCAAGAAUCGCCGUGCUGGACGCAACAAUAAUAAUAAUAAUAAUAAUAAUAAUAAUAAUAAUAAUAAUAAUAACAAUGGCCGUGGAGCUCAGAGCGGCGGACCAUCGCGAAAUGGACGCGGGCGCAGUGGACGCGGGGGCCGCGGGGGCGCACAAGAUCAGGGACGCCGCCGGCUGCGCAUGCGGCCCAAUAAUAACAACGGCCCCUUCCGCCGCUUUGGACUCAUCAGCCGCCGGCCCAAUAAUAACAACGGCAGCCGGAGUGCAAUCAACAAAAACAACGGCGGCCCCAGUCGUCGCCGCUACGCGAUGGACAUCAUCGACGACAGACGCGAUCGCUCCGUGAAGAGUCUUCGCGCGCAGCGCCGCGGCCCAACGGCGUUUGAGCGCAACGACCGCCUCCGCUCAUCACGCCGCCGGGAUGCGAUUGCACGGGCCCGCUCUCGCUUCUCGCGCGAUUAG